CCACUCGCACACUUGUCAAUUUGUUUUCCCUUUCGUGUUUAUUUGUUUACCAGUUUUCUUUUGCUCUCGUCUUUCGAUCUGUGUGUCGCGUGCCAAUUUCCACAUUUUCCACUCUUCAUGUUUUGACUUGGUUUUCCACAAAAACCUGAUUUUGAAUCUCGUGACAAGUUUUUUUACCCGGAAAAAUGCUAAACCAAUUUUACUGUUUGUUUUUGUUGCUCCUCCUGCCCUUUUUGAAGGGCAUGGUGUGGGCGGAGGAGGGGGAGUGCCGCCGCCUCAAUCGCGCAGAUAUUGAGAACAGACUGUCCACGAAGACGCCUUACAGGGCGAUCGCCAAUUACAACGAAACGCCACCUCAAUACGCCGGCUGCCACCCGACGCGAAUCUGGUCCAUAAUCCGCCACGGAACUCGAAAUCCCAGCGAAUCCGUAAUUCUCAAGGCACAAAAUCGCCUCUCCGAGAUAAAGAAACUCAUUCUGGAUCAGCCAAAGCCGCCGAUCUGCUCUGCUGAACUGAAAAAGCUGCGCCAUUGGAGCUGGAAUCACCUGAAUGCCACCGAAGAUGAGAAAUUACUGGUGGCUGAGGGCGAGGAUGAGCUGAUCGAACUGGCGGAGCGGAUGCAGCAUCGAUUUCCGGACCUACUUCCGGAACUGUACAGCCCGGAGUGGUACUACUUCAAGUAUACGGCCACGCAGAGGACACUAAAAAGUGCCGAGAGCUUCGCCACGGGUUUAUUUGGCCGCCAUCGCAUCCAUUCUGUUCGUUAUCCACCGCCCUUGCACGAGGAUCCUGUUUUACGGUUCUAUAAGGGCUGUGGAAAGUGGAAAACAGACGUCGAUAAGAAUCCCGAAACCUUGGUCAACGCACGCAGGUUCCUCGCGGAGCCGCAGAUGCAGUCAGCAGUGGAGCAGGUGCGGAGCAGCACCCGGCUGCCGGAUCUCCAGCCGGAGGACGUGCAGCUCAUGUACACAGUGUGCGCUUUCGAGACGGCCUGGCAUCGCCCGCGUCGUGGUUCUGGUUCCCGCUCCCCAACCGAUUCCGUGUGGUGCAAUUUCUUCGAUGUGGCCGCCUUGGAGGCGCUGGAGUUCUUCGAGGAUCUGGAGUACUAUUGGAACGAUGGCUACGGCUACGAACUGACCCAUCGCAUUGCCUGUCCGGCAAUCGCAGAUAUGUUUGCGGCCAUUGGUUCCCCGGAAAAGGAGGAGCGGCGGGCCAACGCCACGUUGUACUUUACGCACUCGGGAACGCUAUUGAAGUUGCUGGCCCACCUGGGAUUGGCCCGGGACAAGAAGCCGCUGACGCACAAGCACUUUGCCAGCGAGCGUCGUUGGCGCACGAGCCAGAUCGACGCGUUCGCGACCAACUUGGCCUUCCUCCGCUACGAAUGCGACAAGGAGGAGCCGCAGGUCCUGGUGCUGCACCAGGAGCGAGUGGUGCGCCUGCCGAAGUGCCCGCAGGACAAGGACCUCUGUCCGCUGGCCACGCUGCGUCGAAGUUUCGCCAAGAGCGUGGACCAUUGUGACGUCGAGGAGCUGUGCCGGGUGAAGGCCAACUGAGAAGCGGAAUAGGAAUCGGAAUUGUUAUGGAUGGAUGCCGGAGCUGCUGCUGCUAGACUGCUGUUUUGUUGCUCUGCUCCUCUGCCACUGCGAGACCUCGUGAAAGGGAUUCAUCGGAAUGUUUAGGAUACACUGGAAAAAACGUUAUAGAUAAGAAUGGAAUAGAUGCGAAGGGGCUGGAAUUUAGCGAUGAUCCCAGCCAGGACUAGUUUUGUAAGAGCGAGAAAAGAGAGAGACCGGAGAGAGAUAUGUGUUGACCAAGUGGCGAGUGGAAAUCUGUGUGUUUUGUAUGCCUUAUUAAUCAAUGUGGACCAUCCGAUCCAGAACAAGCGAACUUCGAACAGGAGUGCAGGAGAGAGAGCGGGAUGGAGAACGGAAGAAGGAAGACAGAAGAUAGAAAGAGAGAGGAAGAGGCGAGCCCGUGUCAUGCUUUAUAUAUACUUUAGUCUAUAUAUUCCGGAUGUCUCCCCAACUGCUCUAAAAGAUUUACCAGAAUUAUCUUGAUUUACUUUUUUUUUUGUUAUUCAGUUAAUCAUACUAUACCCUUAACCUAUUCCUUAUCCUAAAUUCAAAAGCCAAACGGCAACGCAUAGUGUACAUAUAUAAAUAUGAUGAUGUAAUAUUAAUAUGAUGUCUAAUAUUAAUUAACUAUAUAUAAAACGAAACACACAUAGUUAUAUGCCUCUAUUCAAAUCGAUCCUUUGCCCCCCCAAAAAGAAAGAAAAGAAAACGUUCGUUGUGCUAACUUGUGUUAUAUACCUAUAAAUAAAACCGGAAAUAUAUAUUUGAUAAGGAGUGGAUAUGGAACAAAUGUUGGGUUCCUAUAUCAAUUGUUUAGCGGAAAGAGAGAGGCCCACACACUUUGUACAUAGCUCUUACGACUUUAAUCACUUUUGUCUAAUUAUGUUUGUCCUAUCGAAAGCCCAACAACAACAACAACAACAACCGCUGUAACAACAAAUAAAACUAACGACAAUUCUAGUUUAAAGCUUAACUCGCUUGGACUUUUCAAUUUGUUUAAGCUAAAAAUAAAGAGAAACGAAAAAUCAAUGAA